AUCCGUUCAGAUCGACGCGCGAGCAAGUGCACAGCUUCGGAGUGAAUAAAAUGUAACUUUGAUUGUUGAAACUUGUUAAUUGAUCACACGUGUGAGGCUAUAUUGGUGAACGCGUGCAGAAAACCGUUAAAAAAGUUAAUUAGGUGUUAAAUGUGCAUCACAGGAAGGACAGGUGCUGGUAGCAAAUGGAAUCACCAUCGUGUCAAGCGGAAGAUGCAAGAUGAUGAUCAAUUCGUUCGUGAAGCAUCCGCGGCUAGUGAAUCGUCAACGGAGACUGAAGAUAGUGAUAAUACCCUCAUCUACGUACCUACGAAUCCUCAGGAAUGGACCAGCGAACACAUCGCUUCGUGGGUUCAGUGGAUUUCGAAAAAGUUCCAAAUCUUCCCAAGCUUGGAACCGGCGCGGUUUCCCAACGGUGGCGUCGAGUUGGCAAAGUUUACCAAAGCGGACUUUUGGGUCUGCGCUGGCAGUAAAGCCGGCGGUAACACUCUUGCCAAACAUUUUGCCCAUCUUCUACAGAUUGGAACCGGAAUAGAAGAUAACCUGCUAGGAAACGAUACCGACCCAGAACCAUAUCAACUGUUGAAUGCAGCGUCACAUCGAUUAAUAGCACAAGGUGGGCAGAUCCAACUGUGGCAGUUUUUGCUCGAACUGCUCGCUGAUUCGUCGAACGAACGAUUCAUCCACUGGGAGGGAACCAAUGGGGAGUUCAAGCUAACCGACCCGGACGAGGUGGCACGGCGGUGGGGUGAGCGGAAGGCGAAACCAAACAUGAACUACGAUAAGCUGAGCCGGGCCUUGAGGUACUACUACGAUAAAAACAUUAUGACCAAAGUCCACGGCAAGCGCUAUGCAUAUAAAUUUGACUUCCACGGACUGAUGGCGGCCUGUCAAGCUCAGGCCCAGCUCACCGAACCAACAACAAGUUGUAUGAUCUCACCCAGCUACAGUAAAUACUCAUCCCCGGUGGAAUCGUAUAGCGGCGGUAGUCCAGCAUCGAAUCCCACCGAAGGAAGCCCUCGAAGUUUUGGUAUAGCGGCGAGUCCGGAAUCUGUUUCCACCGCUUCUUCAUCCUCGCCUACCUCGCUAACCCCUGGCAGCAGUGCUGCCGGUGGAAGUGGUGCUAGAACUGCUGGAAUGAUGCCACCCUAUUGGCCCCCGUACCCAGCCUACUCAGUUGCGUCCACUUCGCAAACAAUGCAAACUCCUAACACUACAAAUGUUCCUGAUACCUCAUCAUCUACGACGACGGUUACUUCCUCGGCGGGAGCAACCUUCCGGACGUACGAUCAUUAAAUUUUGUUUUUUUUUACAGUGUAUUUCAGGUUAAGGUUCCUAAUCUUGCUUUAGCAAAUAGGAUAGUCCUCAAAGAUGCUACUGUGAAAUAUGUUUAAAAGUUUUUGUUGCGUAUUAAAAUUUAAUUUCCAUUGUUCUACAAAUAAGAUAAUAGAAUCUAUACGUAAUAUGAAAUGUAUGAAUAUCAUAAUGUACAAAUAAACAUGACAAAUACUUAGAA